AUGAUCAACACGGCCCACCACCAUCUCCACCACCCCCACGCACCAGCUACCGAACCUGAAGACGCCAUGGAGCCAUCGUCACCCUCGUCCAGCCCCAAGUCGCCCAAAUCCAAGGCAAAAGCAAAAAGACCCUCCAAAGGACGUGCCUUCCAGUGCACAGGCUUCCCGGGCUGCAACAUGUCGUUCACCCGCUCAGAGCACUUGGCCAGACACAAGCGGAAGCACACGGGAGAACGUCCAUUCACCUGUCCCUACUGCUCCAAAAACUUCUCGCGGUUGGACAACCUCAGACAGCACAAGCACACGGUGCACGCGUACGAGUCAUGCCUCACUGGCAGUGGCCAGGACGACGACAAGAUGGUGCCUGUGGUGGCUAGCGGAACGUACGCGGAAGACCACGGUUUCCAGCACCCUGCCACGCCCAACAACCCGCUCUUCAACCUCAAGCCGUCGUACCAGGGAGCUCCCGUCCACCACCAUUCACAUGUUGCCACCAGCAAGCCUGCUGGCGCCACCGGCUCCAGCGCAGGUCCCUCGUUGAUCUCGCCCCCUAACUCGCAGUCGCCCCACUACCAGCACCACCACCAGUACUACCACCAGUACGCACAGCCACCAGUGGCACACCACCAGUACCCUCAGCAGACGUACGCGCCAACGUACCCCUACAGCGUGCCGCCGCCAGCAUGGGCGCAGCGCCCUGACGAGAACCAGAACAGCAACAAUAUCCAGAACAACCACAUCCACAACAACCCCAACAACAACAACCCCAGCAACAACAACAAUAAUAUGCUAAAGAUUCCAUCGCACCAGUUCAAGCCCAAGCGAAGGCCCAGACCAUUGGCACUCCAGCACUCGUUCCUCGAGGACUCCAAGCCAGUGAUCCACACUGCCGGCGUGGCAUCGUCCAUGCCCAGCGCGCCCCUCCACACCAGCACCACCACCACCACCCUCAAAACUGCCCCUGCGCACACCACCACGUUCCAGAUCCCCCACCGAAGGCCAUCCCUAGGCCAGGUGUCUGCGACCACGGGCGCCAGGGUAGGCCCUAAGUCUACAUCGUCGGUGCCGUCACUCACCCCCAAUUUGGUGUCGCCGUUGCUGCCCCUCUUCCACCAGUCGUUCAGCCAGACAACCCUCAAGAACUCGCACCCGGUGUCUGCAGUGCGGCCAGUGUCGGGCUUCAAGCCCAACUCGCCCUACAUGAACAUACCAACCUCCCACCCCGACGACGACAAGUUGCCCUCGGUGCACAACAUCCUCGGACACCAGCUCAAAAACCAGCCCUCCAUCGAGAGCAUGGCGUCGCAGUCGCUGGGAUUGUCGUCCUCGACCACCCCCACCACCUCCACCACGCCUACCAUCAAAACCGAGUCUGGAGACACCAAGAACGAAACCAAAACCUGGCUCCGCGGGGUAUUGAACGGCGAGUCCAGACAGCGCGACGACGACGCCAAGGCGUACCUCUCGAAAAAGCCCACUAUCAACAGCCUCCUCUCGCCCUAUGACACCGAGCGGUUUCCCGCGGGGGUCAGCGAGGUGUCUUCGUCGACGUCGUCACUCUCGUCAUCCGCACCUACUAAUUAA